AUGACUGACAACUGCCAUUGGGCUCAGAUUCUGUGUUUCGAUGCUGGCCAGCCUUGGGUACUCAGGUUCUUUCCCUUCAAGACGGGUAAGACGACCCCCCAGGUACAACAUGCUGCCCGUCCCCCCCGGUUAUCCUAUAGAAAGACUGUCUGGACCUGUGAUCGUUGCCUGUCUAUUGCACUGGGGACUCUUUGGGACCCUUUCUAUCUGUACUAUCUGGCUUUUCCGAACGAUAGAAAAUUCGCAAAAUCUCUCGUCUAUGGCAUCUACAUUGUUGAAUUGGUACAGAUGGUACUCGUCACCCACGACGCCUUUGCAGUGUUCGGUUAUGGCUUUGGGGAUAUUGAAGCCGUCAUUGAUAUUCAUUUUGAUUGGCUCACUGUUCCCGUCAUCAGCGGUGCCACGGCUUGCGUCGGACAGGUUUUCUAUGCAUACCGAAUCUUCAUAUUGUCAAAGUCACGAAUCGUCCCUAUAUUCGUCACCUGUGUGUCGUUGACCAGCUCUGUCGCAGCCAUAAUCACAGGUGUCUACUCUUUCGAAGCAGGUAACAUUAUUGAACUCGAUAAGAGGAAAAUUUUCGUUUCGGUCGGGAUUUGGUGCGGCGCCUCCGCCUUGUGUGAUAUUGUCAUUGCUAUCUGUAUGACCUACUAUCUUAUGCGCAGCGAUACUGGUUUCCGGCGUACCCGAAUGAUAGUCACAAAGUUAAUUCGUCUCACUAUUGAAACGGGAUCUGUGACAGCUGUUGUCGCUCUGCUCAACCUUAUCCUCUUUUUUGCGUUCCCCCGUCAGACUUUCUUCACGACGCCCGCCCUCCUCAUGCCCAAGCUCUAUGCUAACACCGUUUACAUGGUGUUGAAUUCGCGAAUCCGGAUUAUCGGUGGACGUGAUACUUACACGUCUUCAACUGAUAUGAGCGUCACGAGUUCUAUGUUACGGGAUACCAGUUCCCAAUCAACAGGCGGCACAAAGCGAACAGAAGGCCGGGCGCCAGUGGUCACGAUAACUAAAGAGGUAUUCAACGAUGGAUAUGAAAUGGGUCGAAUGAAUAACAAACCGCAGGACGAAGUAUAA